AUUAUCCAUCACGUCAGAUUACAUCCACCCACCUCUUCCCAUUACACACUUUAUUUUUCCAUUUACGAUGUAUUUCCUCCAUAGCUUAUUCAUCUUCAAGAACUCACAAAUCUGCUCCAAUUAAUUUGUUCAUAGGUUUUCCACUUUCUUCCUAACCAUAAUCCCAUAUAUCGUUGUAAUCAGAUGUCGUUCGACAGAGACGACCCUCUGGGUUAUGUGUCCGAUUCCGAGGUUGAAGAGGAUGAAAUCAAAUCAGAUGCUGAGUCCUGGGCUGGUGUUCGAGCUGUAGAAGGGAUUCCGAUCUCAUCUCAUCUCUAUUGGAGUCCAGAAAUGCAGAAGCGGCUUGAUGAAUUUAUAGUGACGUACAUAUUACCCCAAAAGAUAGAAGAUGAAAGCAAAUCAGAUGACCCUUGCGCUACCGUUCGAGCUGUAGCAGGAAACCAAAGUUUCAUUCCAAGCUCUUGUUAUCCCCGUUGCAGUCCAGAAAGCCAGAAAAGGACGGAAGAAUUCAUAGCCAAGUUCAUAUUACCCCAACCUAAUAAAGGUAGAAUCUUGUAAAGUAGGCAAUCUCUUGUGACUUCUUUGGUGAUGGAAGUGACUGCCUUGGUCUCUAGAGUUCCCUUAGGCCUAUUUUUACUGCCUCUCUUUGCUGCCUCUUUUGUUGUGAAAGGAAAUAUACCUAUCUUGCCAUCAAAUAAUAGUUCACCAUUUGAACCAAAUAUGGGCCUUAGACAAAGCAUGUCCUGAGGAUCAUGCCAAACAUAAAAUCUGCAGAUAAAACUAGGAUUUACGAUACAUAUAAGAUCAGUCUGUUUGAGCGGUAAUCCCGCUGUGCAAUGGAGAUCUUUAAUAGCUCUGGAGUGCCUGCCAACCCUAUAACUCACACAAUUGUAAUUGACAGGUUAUUUGAUUCGGGUGGAUUGAUGAAGUAAAAGGCUUCUGGGAUGCCAUUGUUUGGCCUCCGGAGUUCAUGGUGAAUAUGUUUAUUCUGCAAUUCUUAAAGGGCUUUGCUGGGCUGAGAGAGUGGAGGGAGCUUGUCAUUUCUUCAUACGAAUUGAUGGAUUCUGGGGUUUCUUUGUGUCUUGUGAAUUAUAACAUUGUCAUUCAUGGUGCUUCUCAAUUGGGGUUGAAGGCAGAAGUGGAUUGAAUUGUGGGAAAAAUGAGAAAGAAUGGGCCUACCCCUGAUGCUGUGACAUGGAGAAUUCUGGAUAAGUUGAAUGACAAAACAAGGAUGAAGUUCUGUGAGGAUACAUACAGCCAAUAAAUUUCAAUUACCACGAGUGUAAUAGGUGAGUGUAAUAUGUUGAACAUCUGGGAAGCAAAACCAUUUGUAAAUUUCACGAUUACAAUUUUUGUUUAAACAGUGAGUAUGAAGUGGAAGUAGCAAUUUUUAAUCAAAGGUGAGAACCGUAGGGGAGGCCCUGAGGAGUCAACCAAGUUACGAGGUUGUGCUUCCUUUUUGCAAAAUUGUAAGAACAUAUAUCUACACUGCUGGAAAUUGC